AUGGCCGGGAGUGGUCAUUUUAUCGUCUCACUGUGUGUCGUGUUUUUAACCGCGGCGGCAGACGAUCGCGCUCUUCUCACAGAAGAUGAACGACGAUGGAACACGCCACCGGAGCUCAUACCGGAGCAAGUAAUCAGGCAGCCCUACACCAAGAACGGACGAUCGUUGUCCAUUCCGAUUACGGCGAAUAUUAACUUGAACACGGGAAACAAUGCGCACUCCUUGGGCUUUCAAGUAGGCCCCGAGGGUCUCAGCUACUCCGAGAGCAACAGCUUCAAUCAUCCGUACGUUUUUACGAUCGAUGAAACUAGGAAGAGAAUGCAGGAUGUAACUGAGAUCGUGGGAACCGAAGAGGAACCGAAAGCCAUUUCGCAAAGUCAAUCUGUGUCAUUAGCCGCUGGAGCAACAGGUAUUGCUGGAUCUGCUGCUCAAUCUGUUGGUCAAUAUCAUCCCGUGCACGGUAACCAAGGAAACGUGAACAGUAAUUCGUUUGGAUUUGGUAACACGGCUGCUUCGUCAUCCGGAGCUGUCCAAAACGGACAUGUAGCGACUGCUGCAUCCUCUUCUGUUGGCUCUCUGCAUUCCUCUGCGUCGUCGAGCGCGGGAAGCAUUGGACACUCUGGAGGGACACACAUUCGGUUUCCAAAUGGAAAUCAAGGACAACCGACUUGGACCAACAUUCGUCCAAAUCAUAACAGUAAUGAUCGUCAACCUUCGAACCAGCCAAAAUUGGAAAUUGAUGUGAAACCACACAGAGGACAUCGUGAACAAAAUCGUGAAUCGAUUAUAUUACACGUUACGCCGCACCGACCGCAAUGGGAAAAUAGGAGACCGAUAAUUCGUGUGCACAAAUGGCACCCUAGUUACAGAGCGUACUACGAUGACGAACAAUUUUGA